GCUCCGACGUCGGGCCGACGGUAUUGCCGUCGCCACUGUCGGCUGUACCUGGUGCCCCUCUGUCGCUUCACGGUUCGCGGUGCCUUUCGCGAUGACGUCGGUAUCCAGACACGACAUCACCGCCACCGCCCGCAUUCAAGGAUGAGCAACCGUCUUAUUGCUGCCGUCGCAUCCAUCUUUUCUCCCUUCGACGACGCCGAAUCUCUCGGCUUAGGAGUGAUACGCAGACGGCGGUUCUUCCUGUCAAGACCCCAUAGCAGCUCGCUGUCUAAUCGGACCUUCACCACGCCGAAGCUAAGUCCCUACUAGUUUAUCGUGUUUCUCUUGUUAUUGGCUAGUCUUAGUUCGCGUUGAUAUAACAGAUUCGAGCAAGGUUCUGGUUUGGGGCUUAGGGUUAUUAGUACCUAUUUUAAAAGAUUGAUUCUUUCUCAUGUUGACUGUUGUUUCUAUGUGACUGAUUCUGUGUGGAAAGGAGGCUUACUAUUCUUCUCAGAUCCUCAUGUUAUUAUGAAUCGCUUUCAUGCUUUGUUUCUAUCAUGCUCAAAAUGAUGCUAUUAGACUUAAGAUUUUGAGCUGAUGGGUGUUACAUUUCCCCUGCACCUCUACUGAACUUGCUAAGUUGCUCCCCUCCUCGGUCUUGAUCUCCCUCACUCAUCCACUUGUUGCUCCGUUUAGUGAGUAUAUUGUUAUGUGAUGGAGGGUGAAACUGAGGCAAGAGGUAUUUAUAGGGGUUGUAACUGAAAGCUGCAAGUUUGUUACUAAAUGUCAGGGGAAAGGGGAUCCUCGGCUGCCCCUUUGAUUUCCUGCUCCUUCCUGCAACGCUGCAGACAUGUACCCGGUGCUGUUAAGGGGCUGCUGUAUUCUUGUUUGUAUCCUACUGAAAUUUUAACUGCAUUUGGCUUCAUGUGGGUACUUAGUACUUGGAUUCAUAAAUGGAACUUGUUUUUUGUUGUGGCAGGUGCACAAGAAUGGGCAGAGGUUGUUAACUGCAGCUCUGCAGUUUGCUGCAGCUGGAAGGCAGACGUUGCAGGCUUAUUUGUCCCAUUGCAGCCUGCGGUUAAGGCUGGGAAAGGCAGGGGUGGUACUCGAGCUGGAGUGCAGAGUUGCUGCAGCUCUCCUCUUCUUUUUAUUCUGGUUCGUGGCAGCCUCUCGGCUGGUGGAGGAAAAGGCUGUAAGAGCUGCCCUCCAUCCUCCCUAUCUUGGCAAAUUUUGGUCUUCAACAAGGAAGUUGGAAAGUGGCGAUGGGGUGAAGGAGUGGCUGGCUGAAACGACCUCGUGUGUCACGUUUCGUUGUUCUUGACCCUGCGGUCGAACGAAAGCGAGGCCCGAGGCCCUGGUGCAGAGUGCUUUGGCUCGAGAUGGCUGAAUAUCCUUGCUUAAUAUUCCUUGUUUUGUUUUCCUUCGCUUUCUUUUUAUUGUCAAACAUUUGUAAACUUGAGACUUAGCUCGAGAUGUAUACCUCGUAUCUCAUUUACUUAAGAAAUAAACGGCUAUUUAUUUUU